AUUGGGCAAGAUUAGUGUAAUCCCUGGAUUGUCUCCAAUGCGGCCUGCUGCUCAGUGACGCUGAUUUGUCCUACGUUAUCUCGGCACCCCACAUGGAAAUUGGCUUGUUCUUCUCUCGCGGCACGCAAAAGAAGCACGGCAUAUAUAGUCACCACCCCCUUUCAUCCAACUCCCCAAUAUUCUCACCCCUCUUUCACCUUCAAAAUGUCCUACAAUUCCGGUCACUACAACUUGAAAUACAACCACUUCCACGUCACCAAGCCAGCAGAGCACGUGGCGCAUGUGGAGAUCAACCAGCCAAAGACCUUCAACGCCUUCUUGUCCACCACCUGGCACCAGUACAAGGAUCUUAUUUUGGAGCUCGACGCCGAUCCAGAGGUCAAGUGUAUCAUCAUCUCCGGUGUCGGUCCACACUUUUCCAGCGGCUUAAACUUGCAGGGUGCCAUCGAGGACAUGCUGGGCUUCUUUAAGGGCGACUCCCACGGCUCGGUAGUCACAAAGUCCGAGAGCAUCACCAAGAACGGCGACAUGUACAAGCACAUUGUCGACUUCCAGGACUGUAUUGCGGCAACAGCACAGAUCGGCACCCCAAGCAUCGGGGUCGCUCACGGAAUCUCGUAUGGCUUGGCGAUUGACUUGUUGGCCACCACCUCCAUCAGAUUGGCCGUCAAGAAAUCUACUCGUUUCUCCAUCAAGGAGAUUGAUAUUGGGCUUGUGGCGGAUAUCGGGUCCUUGCAGAGAAUGCCAGCCUUGGUGAACAACAAAUCCCGGUUGAACGAAUUGGCGUUGACCGCCAGGGAGUUUAAGGGCGAGGAGGCCUUGGAGUUGGGCUUUGUCAGCGAGUUGGCCGACACUAAGGAACAGGCGUUGGAAAAGGCGUUGGCAAUUGCCAAGAACAUUGCCAGACACGAGCGUUGGUGUAUCGAGGGUACUAAGCGCGAGGUCCAGUUUAUGGUCAAUGGUGGGAGCGUCAACGACGGGUUGGACCGAGUCGCCAUCUAUCAGGCCGACCAUCUCGGCCAAGAGUUUGUCGAUGGUUUGGUCAGAUUAAGUAAGUCUAUGGCCCCUGUUAAGUCUAAGGCCAAGUUGUAAGAAUUUUAAACUAUGCGCGUUUUACAUGUCUG